GGUACCUUUACAACGACAUAGACUAACGAAGUACAGGAAAGAGCUAUUUAGCACGAUUAUAUGCAUUUGAUGCGUUCUUCUUUCGAUCGGGCUAAAGAUGCUACACUAAAUGAAAACAACAUUACCUCCCACAACCCACUCCUCAUCGUAGUCACCAGGUGAAAGGUGAUGUCGCAAUGACAGGUAGUGAAGACGAAAGUAGGUAACUGAAUCUACUGAACACGUUUAUUUUGAUAAACUAUCAAGUUUCUAAUUUCGUCUGGGUGUAAUAUUGUUAUAAAAUCGGUGAUAUACUCGCUAUGAGCAGGACUUCUUGUUGUAUCCCACAAUUAUUGGAACACUCAAUGAAGCAAAUGAGAAAUAUCCAUGAACUUGAUGUAAAUGCUAGUCUAAUUUAAUGACAACUAUGUUAAUGUGUGGCACCACCGGUGCGGUAAAUGGAAAUGCAAAAUAAGAGAACUGAUUUUUUUGUUUCAGCACCGAUCACUCAUCAGAAAUAUACGAUAGCUUUCACCCAAUCCCCAUUAAACCAAUCUCUUGUUGAAUUGUUAUCAUGCCAAAUCCCCAUAAUGACCUCCAUUUUUACUUUUGAAUUUUGAACAUUUCACUUUUUCCUCCUCCGACCGUCCGAUCUCGUUCACGUUCACGUUCACGCUCUCUCUCAACAACGAUAUGAGACAACAAUGAUAUUGUACGACGAAGAUUGGUUCUUCCCUCUGCUUUUUAAGACAGAGGGCAGUGUCGGACUCAGAUCUUGUUGGUACGCCUUCCCUUCCGCAAUCUUCGGAGUCCUUCUGCUCAUAGCGGAGGACAACAUCAAAGAUUUCAGAACGGAUUAUCUAGGCAUUGAUGACGACCAAGUCGGCAGCACGCAAAUAUGGGCUGCUACUACAAGUAUUGUUGCUAUUUUUCUGUCUCUCUAACAAACUCUAUGUCUCUGUGGCAAGGCUAAUCCUUGUGGUCCUUGAUUAAUCGCAUCAAUCUGCUUUAGUCCGUCCGCACACUAUUUCAUCUCUUCUGCCUGCUCUUGUUAUUUCGCUCCUUGAUAUACCUCCGUCUGUCUGUCUCUCGGAACAAAAAAAAACAACCCACAAUAAACAACACAGGCACCCUCGCGCUGUUGAUGAGUUUUCGGACGUCGAGAGGGAUAGCAAGAUUUUGGGAAGGGACUGGUCUCAUGCAUCAGAUGCGAGGUGAAUGGUUUGACACGGUGUCCAACUGCGUCUCGUUCUCUAUCCAAGCAAAGCGCCAGGAUCCAGAUGGCAAAUCCCACAAAGUCCAGAAAUUCCGACAUACCCUUAUUCUUAUGAUAGGGAAGUACUAGUACUAGUAGAAGAUGCAACACAUUAGAAUUGUGCUCAUCACGUGCUACUAGUAGUACUAGAAGAACUAGAUCUAGACAAAGACAAAUUAUAGGACAAAUCUUGAAGUUAUAUUUAUUCCAGACACGACCUUAGGAAAUGAAGCAACACAUUAGAAGUGUCCUCAUCACGUGCAGCAGCUAGCAGAGUCGAAGCUAGCAGAAUUCUCUGCAAAGCUACAGAUCAUUUUUUGUUUUUUUAUAGAGAGAUCAUCGUCUUUUGAAUUCUAAGGCUCUCGACGAGAUUGUUUGAAUGAUGCAUGUACUUAGUUCCCGUUGAUCCAUUUAGUCUUCUAAUGCCCGUCUGAUGAGUCUAGUCCAUGGGUACGCACUUCAAGAGGUCUCCGGAGACUUGAUCGAUGUGGAAACCAUUGACAAGAAGGGACUACAUCCCAAGACCAUUGCCUACCUAGACGACCUUUCCUCCUUGUACAAGUUCAACAAAGUGGAGCUCUGUUUGCACUUGAUCCAGACGUUGAUCAUUUUAAGGCUAUUUUUUAUGUAAUUUAUUUUCUAUCUUCCUCUGGUCGUCGUUCUUUUUUCUAGUUAGGUCGGCUCCACCACUCAAUUUAUUGACCUACUUUUGAAGCAUCUUGAAGCUGUUCCGUCUCAGGAGAAAGAAGGAGCUGCUUCUUUCAUUAGGAGUAGAAUGUGAAUGAAAGAAGUAUCAAGUAGACCAAGAUGCAGAUCCGAUUCUGAAGAUGCAUAACAUAUAUAGAAGCAUGAUAAGCAUAAGGCGUGUAUAAGUAAUAAAAAUAUGCAUAAGGCGUGUACUUAUAAGUAUCUAGAUCUCCUCUAAUCAUUUCCGCAUACCAUGAAGGCGUGUUGGUGGUGCCACCACCGAUUCUUUCUCGUGUCUUUCAGACGAUUAGUCGUGGAUUCGUGCACUUGCUCAACACAAAGAAGAUCACCGACACAAAAUUCCCGUUUCCCUACGUGCAGUUGAUAUUAAGGCUUUAGGUGAAAUAAAUCCAUCUUGUAUAAUCUUCUCCAACAUCUUCAUCUUGUUCUUGAUUGAUCCUUGUAUGGUUCUGGUAUUUGGUAACCUGAAUUGGAUCACAAGGGUUCUCUUCUUGUUUUCCCUUAUGAUCAAACUCAGGCUACCAAAUACCGGAGCCCUUCCGUCCUGUUUUAAGGACAAACAUCCUUACAGGGCGGGACAACAAAACAACUACAACAUGUUGUUCCUGUUUUAGAAAGAAACAUGAUACAAGUGAACAUCUUCAAGAUACAAGUGUUUGAGAUGAUGGAUUUACUCAUCAAGGUGGUCUAAUCAUCAUCGUCUCCCUCUGUAUCUACUCUGUAUUCACACCCCUGGUACUGACGUCAGUGCUGAAGAACAAGGUGAUAGUCUUCAUACUGAGCUUCUUUCCCCUGUGGGUUUUGAGUGGGUUGAACCAUGUUUCCAUAGAACUGGAAAACCCAUUCGGAGAUGACGACAACGAUCUGCCUUUGGGUACAACUACUUACACACAUCAAAUAGACGCUCGUCGUUGAUUGAACCCACGUCCAACAGGAACUCACAACUAUGAUCACUACAAAUUGAAAUUAUGAUCACUACUUGUCAGAAGUCUAAAGCUGCUUCUAGACCACCUUCCUCUCAGCACUGUGAGGUUUUAAAAAUCACCCAAUUUUCUCACGACCGAACUCACAACUACUACUCUACUCACCACAGAAAACCCAAAAUAAAUCCUUCUUCAGGUCAUUUCCAAGACGAGAUGGACCGCACCCUGUUACUCCUGAUUCAUCCGAGGAGUGACUUACGUGCUGACGUUGUAGAUGGCGCAGUGAAUGACGUGGAUGACUUGAUGCAGAAAUUCGGGUUGGUGAUCUACAAAGAAGAAAUCGAAUACGAGGACGGGCACAAGGAGUUCGAAUUAUCCUUCGAACAAAGAGAAAAACGGCAAAGCAUAUUAUGCUUCAAACCAGAGUAAAUAGCUCAUGCAAACACUUAGUCAGAAAUAUUUAUAUUAAGAAAUCGAUAGAAGUGCUGUAGAAAAAGGAAGUAUGCACUUAGAACAAGGAAGUACUUACACGUAGAGGAAGAAGGAAUGAAAAGUUUUAGUUGAUUUUGAAUUGGAAAUGUACCUCAUCAAUCUUCAUCAACAUUAAUCAAGGAGAGACUAGUACUAGAAGGUUUAGAUUUAGCGGGAGAAGCAGAAGCAGGUUUAGUUAAUUUGGUGGGUGGAGCAGUUGGAGUUACAGUGUAGCAGGUUUCGAAGAUUCAGAAGUAGGAAUAGAUUAGGAGUAGGAAUAGGUUAACUUUUUUUCAACUCUCUCUCAACGAACUCGUACUUGUUGCAUUCCCUUUUCUAAGUCCCAAACCACGCGAGGGCCUGGACCGCUUCCGCAAGUACAAGAGCAAAACGCGGAAAAUUAGAGAAAAAGACGCAUUGGAGCUGUGCGAAUUCGAGCCUCAUGACAUGGGAGAGGACGACAAUCAACAGCAAGUACAUUUUUAAGGACGAAUGCAUGUGAUCAGAAAACUUGGAUAACCGAGUAGCCUACGCGAUAACUUAAUCACAGAUGCUCCCUCGGUUAUUGGGUUUGUAGUUACUCGUACAUUUUAGGUUUUCGAACAGACUAGAAUUUUUAGUGGUGUUUGUCACCUUGCUCCAGCGUCAAAGCUUUGGUCGUCGAAACGCAUUUCAAAACAAAUGUUAUUCCUUUCUUUCUUGAAAAAACACGAGUUGUCAACACCUUAAUUUAUAAUAGGAGUCCUUGUUUUACCAAGGAAGUACUAAAUGGUUCUACAACUACAUCAUUUAGUAUGUUUUUUCUCAUACUACUGUGUAGUACAGCUUUAUCACCACGUACAAGCGUGGUGUACUACUCUCUCAGCGUAACAGUGACUACCUAGCAGCGGAUCAAGCACAAAUCCACCUUAUAGUAUCUCGUAUAAGCUAUAUCGAAUUGUGAGCUUCGAGAAGUUCUGCAUUCCUUGCCCGAGAGUCUGACUUUUUUUUGAGCAUGAAGACGGACGAAAGACGGACUCACGACGAUGGUUUUUUUAUGCUUGACACGAUGAGAGAGGCAAAGAAGCUAGACAAAGAACGCAGACGAAGAAGCGAGUCAAUGCAUUUGGUUACCGUCAUUUUGUUAACUUUCUCUUUGUUUUCGAUCCGUCGGCACUUCGUCAGCGGCUGGCCUCUUUUCUGCUUUUUUGGGCGUUACAUCUAAGGCGUAGAGUGACGCAAGACGUUUACUCUGCUGAUGGUCUAGCAUGCGCAUGCUCUUGCUUACGGCGUUAAGUUCUGCCUUUUUUUUCAUAAGAAACAGAAAAAAAAUUUCUGCUAUCUUAUCAAAAAACUAAAGUCGGCGCCUUCGUUAGUUUUCGUCUACGCUCUGCGUCUCUGCGUCGCUCGUGUUUCUCUCUCGAAACGCUUCCAGUUUCCAUGGCCCAGCCCUCUAGUCUAAGUAAGGCUCUCCCUCUUUCAGGUCUAUGAUCUGCUGACGCAGUUGGUAGCCGCAGUACCCGCCAAGGAGUGCGCGACGUCAGCCACCACCCACAAGGGUGGCGAUGCCUCUGCGCUGAAACUCGUGCGCAGUAUGGGCGAAAAUAGACCGCAGCUCCAUACUGAUGCGCUCACGGUGCCGGACGUGCUCCGCCGCGAUUUUUUGGAGAAGUAUGAAAGUGAAAAGCUUAGCGAUGCUGCGUACCAACCACCCCAAGCCCCUACGCAGUACCCCACGGGUUUGCCUACUUCCGACCCCUCUGCGCCUUCUCCGUCAGAGCUCCCAGCGACCUCAAGCGGCUGCUGCUGGUAAGUGUCGAGCUCUUUGCGUGAGAAGCUACCCCAUACGUAACCGAAAAGCUUGAAGGGAAUUCGUCACAUUCAUACCCCGCCGCAUUUCCACUCCCGCCGAGUUCUUCUUCUGAUACCAACAUCGACGCAGAUGCACUCAAGCAAGGAGCCAGAACAAUACAAACCAGCUCCGCGAGCAGCGAAUCGCCCAAGGCUAUCUACCACGACGAUGAAAAGCGCUAGCACGAGCAAAACGCUGGGGAGAAGCCUGCCCCUACGAAGAAAGUGGCGAAAGUGCGCAACCCAAUGAAAAAAAAAACAAAGCAACCGAAAGCAGCGACGAAGGCUGCCAAAGUACCGAAGAAGGCUGCCAAAACACCGGGGAAAGCUGUCAAAAAAAUGAUGGCCAUGGAAGCGGAGUAGCUUGCUAUAUAACUUCCCCACUGUGGCUCGCCAGCCACUGUGGCCAACGAUAGGCGCACUCUCAUCAGUUUCCGACUUUAGAACGCAAGGCAUCACUUCAGUAAAACAAAAGCAAAUCGAUCAAGUUCGAGAAUCAAAGCGCGGCAGCCAAGUUGAUGGCUCUCAUUUUCCAUCCAUCCAAGUAGAGGCUUUCGAGCAAUAUUUAUAGAAAAAGCAGGCAGGCAAUACGUACGGGAACAGUAAGCGAGUGCCCCGCUCGGUGAUAUGUUAGAAGAAGCGCCAGCAAAUCACUGCGAGUCAGCGUUAUCCUUUAGCUUACGAAUUGCUUGCAUGGAGAGCCCCCAGACGGGCCCAGAAUGCAUGGCGCCACAGUUGUGACGAACUUCGCACAGGGUUGGGGAUCAAGAUCAACACGAAUGCCACAACAAAGCCACGGCAUACCGGUGAGCUAUCAGCUUAACCAGCCCGCAGCAUAGCAUACGCAUGCCACGCGCAUAAAAUAAAUGCCAGAAGCAUCCAAAUGACACGACGCCAAAUAGGGCCGCGCAAUCAAAGGGGGAGCGGGAGCCAUCUCACAUCAGCGCGCGGAAUUUGCAUCACCUGGCUAAUGCGUCUAGCAUUGCGCGCGUGUUCUCUUGCAUUUUUUGCAAGCGACGCCAUCGGUGUCGACAGUUCAGCCGAUGCGCUGCGCGUGACAUGGGAGGAGCUAAACCGGACAAAAAAGCAAAACAAAGCCACAAAGCGCGCCAGGGUUGCGCGCUUCAUUGUUAUGCCAUCGAGGUCAGGCUUGGUCUCUCUUUUGCUCUCUAUGCAUAGAAUUCUAAUGCUCCGCGUUUUCUUCUGCUUUCUUGUCAUGUCUUUGCUGCAAGUCAUGCCAUCCGCGUGCUUCUUCCGGGGCAAAAGAUGUCGCACAUGCGCCGGCGCCAGCUGAGCGGGAACGACGGCGGAGACACUUGCGGCAAGUUUCUUUUUGGAAUUGGAAACCAAAGAAAACAAAACACCAGCCCAGCAAUGCGGCUGGGAUGAUCUUCACGGGCGCGAGCACUGUCCACGCAUGAACAUGAAGCACGGGAACACUAUGGAAGAUGGGCACUACUGUGCCACCAUCAAGAUCAUGACGAUGAUGAUGAUGCAAGCCCACCGAUCGGGUGGAGCGGGAUGCCAUCUCAUCCCUGCAGCCGUUACCAUCAAGAUCAACCACAACGCGCCAAGACUUUUGCUGCUUAGUGCUUCGUCAGUGUUAACGUAUAGGAUUCGCACCGCAUCGAUCUACUUCUAACUCGCGAGCCAGCGAAGUCGUGCUUCUUCAGCACUCGCGUCUCUGAUGGCAAUCGAUCUUAAAACCAGUGGAACCAACCAAGUCGCUCGCGUUGGACUAUGCUACUGCUUUAGCCGCUGCGGGAUUCAAUAAGCCACGGCCACGAGCUCAAAGCGAUAAGCGCUGCGCUUGUUCUACGGUAGAAGGCAGAAGCCUCGCAGCGGUGCAGCACUUUGGCCCCCCUUCAGGCUACCCCGUUGCGCGGUUUUUGUAUCGUGGAGAAGCAUGGACAAGCCCCCCCGCGACGGUUUCGCCAAUAUCUGAAACAGCGCAGCCCGCUAUAAUCUCAAUUCGCUUGGCGCAAGCCGGUCAAAGUGCUGGCGUAUCGAAUCCAGGCAGUCCGUGCGUGCUACAAGUUUGCUCUCUAUUAAUUCGCUAGCCAAGUCCUCUCCUUUAAGUGUUCCCUCUGUGUGAGGCGCUUUAGCAAGUUCUCUCUCGAUCGUGGGCGGGUGGUCGCUGUUUUUGUUUUUCUGAUUCGCUCGGCCUCCAAGAUUGUUCCAAUUCUUGCUGCCAGCAAGCUCCUCAAGGUUUUCACUGCAUUGGACAAGCAACACAGUGGCGAGAGCUAGGCUGCGCCUUUCGCGUAUACUGGUCAAAAUUUUCGAGCGGGUGCGUUGUCUCAAUCUGGUGCGAAUCCAUUAUCUUGCGCGCUAGGGUUUGUAACUUCUUCAAAAAUGUCGCACGCAGCAACUGCCUGCAGCAGCACCAAGCCCGUCGGGUUCUGAACGUAGUGGCCUUUCUUCUGCUGAGUAGCAGUUUUCAACUUUUUCAGCAGUGUACAAUACUGCUGAGGCUUCGGCUAUUGCGUGGCUCCUGUAUGACUGACCGAAGGCGCGGCGCAUAUCUCUCACGCGCGUCGCGUGCAGUCAGGUCGCGCCGCCUGGGUUCUUUUCAGUUGAUUCGUGCGACGCUUCCUUGCUCUGACGCGCGCAGCCCUUUGGCGAUACUUUCACGCGCGACGCCUGUCGUCAAAGCAGCGCACUUCUGUAAGUAUUCCCUUCAGUUCGGACCCGCGUUCUUGCUGCCAAUCGCUGGCCGCUUCCAGAAAAUAGCGGGCAAGUUUCUUCCUUCUUGUCUCUGCAGUAUUUCCCCACCCUUUUCUUCCCCUUUUUCCUUAAAGUCAUGCACUUUCCCAGUAUAUCAGAGCCUAGCGGUCUUGUUUUCUAAGUCUAGACCUUAUACUUUCUUACACGAGGCGGCCCGAAGUGACUUAAUAAACUUAACAGCAGCGCAGGGAUGUCGUCAUCCCUGCGCUAGCCUGUGAUAACAUACUACCCCCUCUCUCUCUGUCCCCCCCCUCCCUCUAACACGAUGUGGAUUCCGACGGAGGUGGAUACCGCAAGAAUAGGUGGAAGAAGUUCGCGACUGGUGCUAAGAUGGUCAGUUAAGGCUACCGCUCAAGCAUAUCCUUAAUGUCAUCCUUGGCCCUUUUUCAAGGGGAAAAAGGGCUCCGAGGUGCGCCCAGGGAUGCGACGCGGUAGCUCUAAGUCAGGAGGAUGGCACUAGGUGGAACAGCAAACAAUUCUAGGACUGCUCCUCUCUCACCUGACGAAAGACAUGGUGGUCUACAAGGCGGGACCACUGGGGACGAUGGGCAAUUAGUUAUGGAGGUCAGGUUUUAUCCCUCUGUCUAAGCAGCACGACUCCUCUCUAUUAGUAGUAGUACGUAGUACUAGUAGCUCUUGUUCUUGUAUCCUUUCGAUUAUAGAUACAAACAUCAAUAGUAAUAGAUGCAAGAACUACGACCCAACCGUCGGUUCGCAUAAUAUCAGACCAAUCACAUAAUGUGAAGAUAGAGUUGUAGAAGACAGCAACAUAUACCAGUAAGGGACUGUUCAAGGGAAAAAUUCAGAUAUAGAAUACAACUACAUUAUACAUAAUCAAGGGAAACAUCUUCAGUAGAUGUACAUAGCUCUAAUUUCGCAUCGCAUGGAGAGAGUCCAGGGUCUCACAUGUCGGGAGGUGGAGCAGUGGCUGAUCAUGGCGGCACCUGUACACCCCGAGGCCCAAGAGCAACAAGAUAUCGCGAAACAACAAGCGAGAUGCUAUUGGACAACGACGAAUCGAGGACGAAUCGAGGACAAGGACAUAGCCCAAGGUUAUGGAUUUGGAUUUGCAUUUCGAGGAUUUCUUUAGUACUAGCUAAGAGUUGAAGAACAUGUCGACAUCUAAUGGAAAUGGUAGAGGAUGUUGUUCAACAUGAGUAUGGCGAGAAGCUGCAAUGCACCACGACCUCUAAGGAAUUCGGGACGAGCCGAAAACGGCACGCGAAGUGUGACUGUAGUGAGUCUUACACGAACAGGAUCGGGAACGGUUCAGUGGUCGCCACGACCUAGAGAGGAUGUUGUUGCGACCAAAGCAAGUUAUGGACGAGGAGUUCCAAGAUUUUCAUUUUUCAUACUGAAGCAAGUACUCGAAAACUGAAAAUGACUGAGUUACUGACUGAAAUAAGGGAGGUAGCUUUGACAGGGCUACUCUUCCUUGUUCAGUAUCUCGAUUAUUUUCAGUAGUGAUUCGCUUAUUUCAGUUUUUCGAAUAAGUCUUAAACUAUUUUUUUGCAACUAAGGCUAAGUUCAUGGAGGUGGAUAGUCUAAGGUUAAGGCCACCUCCAUUAUUUUUUUUUCUGCAUAGUUUGUUAGAGGUGAAUUUACAUUUAGAUCACGUUUGUGAAUUCACUACCACUUCAUCAUCAACAAGGGCUCGUCAGAUGUAGUUUUCAAUUUCAUACCUACUAGCUACUAGAGUACUCUAUUUGGAUGCUUCCUGGAUUUGGUAACCUGAAUUUGAUCAUAAGGGAAAACAAGAAGAGAACCCUUGUGAUCCAAUUCAGGUUACCAAAAAAUACCGGAGCCAUCCACUAUUAGAACAGUGAGCAGCGAUUCUUACUAGUACCUACAAGGAGCAAUGCUUACUGCCUGGCUCGAGUGGUAGUCUUCCUAACCCCUAUGGUUCGACCUCCGCUGUCUGUGUCUUGACUUCGGUCAUGAUCACACGUAGACUCUGUCUCUACGGGUGCUACGGACAGGUGUAUCAGCGACAUACACAUGACUACCUACUAGCUACAAGAGUACUAGAAGACGGAGCUGCAAUGCUGGCAUCACUAUCAGCUUCUUCUAAUCCUAACCUCGAGUUCCAGGCAGUCGACCUAGCCCUCCCAGCAGUGGCCGAACUAGCCCGAGACCGAGCAGUGGUCGAACUAGCAGCAAGUCAGUACCCGACACUCGCAGGGGCAGAACAAGCGGCUCAAGCGGUUCAGGAGGACAGACCAGAAUUCGACUUAUGCUCAUGAUUCAUCUUUUCUAUUCAUGGGUCGGUCCGACUUUUUUAGAGAUUCAUUUUAGAUAGUACAGAUCGGUAGACACAGCGCCGAGUCUCUUUCUCUAAUUUGAGCAGCAUGUCUUCGUUGGAGCCAGCACUUGUGGAAGCAGCGGUUCUCCGUGCAGCAGCCAUCGAGGCAAAUCAACCGGUACUACACGAGGGCUCACCCUCGUUAGGAGAUGCAACAGCUAUAACUAAGAAUAUUCAUCAACUCGAGGAUGGAUGUUGAUUUAGUAGUGCUCGCAGAUUUAAUCCAUGAUUUAGAACUACUCCUUGUGAGUACCAGUCCUUCUAGAAUAAGGUUACACGACUUUUCGAUUUCCUAGAAUUUAACGCAGCUACACUUACUUACAUUCACCUUCACCAUGCAUUGCGCGCAGCACUGCCUGUAGUAAAAAUAUUUGCCUAUAUUAGUUUCGAACAAGAUUACCAAGAACUACUAGUGGAAGUGCACCAUCAAGAUCGAUGAAGACGAGGACAUCAAUGUCAGGACAACUUGUAAUUUUUGUAUAGAAGAUCUAGAAUCCGAAGAAGAUGUUGUCACUGUCCUCGUUGAAGUGUUAGUUGUGAAUUGAUUUGAUUCAUCCACUAUUUACUAGUAUAUUCCUAUUCGGAUUUAGUUACUCGUAGUACAAACCAAUGAAUUAUGUGCUCUUUUUUUCGGAAAAACGUACUUGUGAGGAAGAUGACGUCGCCACUAUUUGAGAGUUUCGUUCCCUCAUAUCGCUCCACCGCGUACUAGAGGUGCGGCAGUCGCAGCUGCGCGGAGGUCGGUGCCCCGUGGCGGCAACUUGAUUGAUUGACUGACUAACGUAGGACGUAAGUAAACUUCGCAGAUUCUAGGUUCACAUAUUCAAUGUUCUCUCAAAUCGAUCCCCCAGUCCUGUUGAGCUGUGUCAAUUUUUUUUAGUGAUUUUCUGCAUUCUCACUUUUCUCGAUUUUAAAUCCACCCAAACAAUUAUUUGUGCUACCUGCCCAAUGAUCUGAGUCUCUUUCUCCUAAUUCUACGACCGGCGUCGUCCACCGCUUCCCUCACAAGAAUAGUGAUGAGAAAGUAGAGCUUUCCUAAGUUGUCUUCUCCGAGUUCCCUUUUUCCUGUGACACACGAGAACGAGAACGACCUGUGGUCAUCAACAUCUUCGUCGAUGAAGCAAUUUUAUUGUAAAAUCAUUCUUUAGGUAGAUCAUGAUGAUGAUAUCGACGGAGGACGGUCGAACUCGAAGGAUAGAAAAAAUUGAGAUAAUAAAUCUAGUACUAAGACUUGAUCAAAAGCAUGUUCUUGACCCCAUCAAUGUGAACCACGUCGUCAAUGGUAUCUUCAUGAUCAAGAGACAUCAC